GUGGUGAAUUGAUAAAAUUUUGAUGUGAUUAAAAAAAUUAAAAAAUAUUAUUAUAGAAAAUGAUAUAUAAGUACUAUAACUUUUUGAGAUUUUAACAUUCAUGGUUAUAAUACGUUGGAUGUUCAAUUGUUCUACUAUUUUUGUGCAAUAUUGUUAAAUCUAGAUGUGAUGUGAUGAACUUCUUGUCCUUAAUUAUAUAUUAUAAUCUUAUAGUCAAAGGUGAUACACAAAUUAAUUGGUUUCCCAUUAAAAAUUUGAAGGAGUUCACUUUCGUUGUUCUUAUUACUACUCAUAUAAAUUGACUUCUUCAACGACUUUUAUAGCCAUAGGUGAUAUAAAAUGGGCUUCAUUGUUAUUCUAAUUUGUAUAUCUCUCUUUGAGUGAGUUAGAUAUUGUUCAGAAGAUGAAGCUGUUACCUUCAGUUUUGGUUUUUGCGAUCUCUGCUAUUUGUCUUUCGAGAAUGAUAGUUGUGAUCCAAGCUCAAGCCCAGGCUACAACAGAUCCUGCUGAAGUGACAGCUUUAAAUGCAAUUUUCCAGAAAUGGAGAAUAUCUGCACCACCUCAAUGGAAUAUAAGCGGUGAACCAUGCAGUGGAGUGGCCAUUGAUGCUACUUCAUUGGAUGAUGACCAAUUUAAUAUAAUUAUCAAGUGUGAUUGUUCAUAUCAAAAGGGAUCUACAUGCCACAUAACCCAACUGAAAGUCUUUUCAGUGGAUGUUACUGGUGAGAUCCCGAAAGAGCUCUGGACUUUGACAUACCUCUUCAACCUGAAUUUGAACCAAAAUUACUUGACAGGUUCGGUUUCUUCUUCCAUUGGCAAUCUAAGUCGCAUGCAAUACCUGGGAUUAGCAGCUAACGCUUUAUCAGGAGAGCUUCCAAAGGAAUUAGGAAAACUCACUGAUUUAAGAUCGUUGUCUUUAUUGGGAAACAACUUUUCUGGAUCACUUCCACUUGAGUUAGGGAAUCUAGUGAAAUUAGAACAACUUUAUAUUUCCAGCUCUGGAAUUAGUGGGGAAAUUCCCAUGACAUUUGCUAAUCUUAUAAAUCUCAAGAUAGUGUGGGCAACUGAUAUCAAACUCAAUGGCAAGAUACCUAGUUUUAUUGGGAAUUGGUCUAAGCUUAAUACUCUAAGAUUUCAAGGGAAUUCUUUUGAAGGUCCAAUACCAUUAUCAUUUUCCAACUUGACAAAUCUAGUGGAAUUGAAGAUAAGUGAAUUAUCUUUGCAGAGCUUUUCAUGGGAUUUUAUGCAAAAUUUGAAGUCAUUAACAAUUUUUGUGUUAAGGAACAAUAAUAUUUCUGACACAAUUCCAACCAAUCUUGGUGAAUUUAGAAAUUUAACCCAAUUGGAUUUAAGCUUCAACAACCUAAUUGGACAGAUUCCAAACACACUUUUCAAUUUGAAUUCACUUUCUUAUUUGUUUCUUGGUAAUAACAAACUAAAUGGUUCAAUACCUUCCAAAAAGAAUGCACUCUUACUCAACAUGGACUUAUCAUAUAACAACUUAAGCGGGAGUCUCCCUUCUUGGGUCACUGAACAAAAUUUGCAAAUUAAUUUAGUUGGCAACAACUUUCAAGCAAAGGAUAUAGAGAACAGUGUUAUUCCUUCAGGACUUAGAUGCCUUCAGCGUAACUUUCCUUGCAAUCGUGGCACCGGAGUUUAUUACAAUUUUUCAAUCAACUGUGGUGGUCCUGAAAUUUUAUAUUCAAAUGGAGUUGUCUAUGAAAGUGAUAAUGAGAAACUUGGUCCAGCUACAUAUUUUGUGACAAAAACGCAGAGGUGGGCAGUUAGUAAUGUGGGGUACUUUACUGGAAGUAGCGGUUUGAGUAUGUAUACAAGUUAUGUUCCAAAUAAAUUCGUUGGCACUUUAGAUUCCAACAUGUUCCAAACAGCACGACUAUCUGCUUCAUCAUUGAGAUACUAUGGCCUGGGACUUGAAAAUGGUAAUUACAAUGUGACGCUUCAGUUUGCUGAAAGUAAGAUUCUGGAUUCUUCCUCAUGGAAAAGCACUGGGAGGCGAAUCUUUGAUGUUUACAUCCAGGGGAAUCUUGUUUUAAAGGAUUUUGAUAUACAAAAGGAAGCUGGUAAGGUUUCUUUCAAAGCUGUCCCAAUGGAAUUUAAAGCUCAAGUAGUGGAAAACUACCUUGAGAUCCACCUUUUUUGGGCUGGAAAAGGGACUUGUUGUAUACCUGAUGAAUACACUUAUGGACCAUUAAUUUCAGCCAUCAGUGCAACCCCAGAUUUCACUCCCUCGGUUAGUAACAAGCUUCCAACCGAUAACAAGAAAAAUACUCAUGUGAUAAUCGGAGUACCUAUAGGGAUUGGAGUUUUAAGCGUUAUUCUUUCUAUUUUUGUGGCUUGUUUCAUUAUUCGAGGAAGACAACAUCAUGCUAAGAAAAAUGAAGAGUUGUUAUGUAUAGAAGCUAGACCAUACACUUUCAGUUACUCUGAGUUGAAGAAUGCCACAAAUGACUUUGAUUCUACUAAUAAGAUUGGAGAAGGUGGAUUUGGACCUGUUUAUAAGGGAACACUUACUGAUGGAAGGGUUGUGGCUAUUAAGCAACUAUCUAAAUGUUCUCGCCAAGGAAACUCAGAGUUCAUAACUGAGAUUGCUACUAUUUCAGCAGUGCAACAUCGUAACCUCAUUAAGUUACAUGGAUGUUGUAUUGAGAAUGAUGAACGACUUCUUGUUUAUGAGUAUUUAGAAAAUGGAAGUCUUAAUCAACUAUUAUUUGGAAAAAUAAGUUCACUUCUAAAUUGGCCAACACGAUUUGGUAUUUGUAAGGGAAUUGCACAAGGCCUAGCUUAUCUCCAUGAAGAAUCAGAACUACGUAUAAUACAUCGUGAUGUGAAGACUAGUAAUAUUCUUCUAAACCAUCAAUUUGUCCCAAAGAUAUCAGAUUUUGGUUUAGCUAAGUUAUUUGAUCAGGAAAAAACCCACUUAAGUACUAAGCUUGCUGGGACAAUGGGAUAUUUGGCACCAGAAUAUGCUUGGCGUGGACACCUCACAGAGAAAGCAGAUGUAUUUUCUUUUGGUAUUGUAGCUCUAGAGAUUGUCAGUGGAAAGUCAAAUCUGAAUUCUAUCUUUGACAACGAAGAAAAAAAGAUGUUUCUUCUAGAAUGGGCUUGGAACCUCUACAUAAACAAUAAUGAAAUUGAAAUGGUGGAUUCUAGAUUGCAAGAGUUUGAUGAAAUAGAAGUGAAACGUGUUGUUGGAAUUUCUUUAUUGUGCAUACAAGCCUCACCUUUUAUACGACCAUCCAUGUCCCGCAUAGUAGCAAUGCUUUCAGGUGAUGUUGAAGUGACUCGUCUAACAAUGAUGCCUGAGUACUUGACUUAUGUAAACUUUGAUGAGGGAACUAACUCGAUGAAUACAAUAAAUGGAUCAUAUGUGAGUCACCACACUUCAACAAACACUAGCAUUAAGGAAGCUGUGAAUUAUUAAACGUUGGGUUUUUUCAACUUUUAGAGUUUAGGGUUUUGCUUCUUUCUUCUAUAUUUUGUGUGAUUUCUGUGUUUAGUCCUACAACCUAAUGGAUGUGCUUGAUGCGCAUUAAGGUAUAGGACAAGUAGAACAUCAAACAACAAAUGUUUGAGUUAUUGGACAACUUUUUUAUUUUGUACAUUGUUUGGUGAAUAAUGGACAACACAAAUAAAAUAAUAAUAAAUUAUUUACAAAUUAUUUUUUUA